GUUUAAUGUUUAACAGCACUAAUUAAGCAGAAGAUGAGGUACUAGUAUAAGUAACAGUGUGGGGAACAACAUGGUCAGCUGAAUGCAACGAGGCUUCUGAUUUCGACACGGGAAAAUUUGGUCCUGGAAGAAAAGGCCACAAACAGGCUGCAUUAGCUGGAAACCAGAAGAGAAGCCAUAACAGUAGAAAAGUUCUAGAAAUAUUUUCAUGCUGAAGCUAUAAGAACAAAAAGCUUAUUUUCAUUGAUAGCUUGUUACAGUUCUGAAGAGGGUUUGUAUGAGAUGCCUCCAGAACAGCAGGGAACUGAAUUCAGUAAACCAGAGACUUGUCCCAGCUCCUGUGGAGAGCAAGGACUCAGAUGAAGGAUAUUACAUCAGCAUUAGGAGAACAAGCAUAACAAAGAAACUUGCCAUCUCCAAAGAAAAUUAAUCUAUGUCUUUUGAUUUCCAAAUGGGAUUAAUGGUCCUCUUCUUCUUGGAUCCAGGUCUUUCCCAUAUCCCAUGCAAGUUAACUCAUUGGUGAGGGGCAAAACAUCAUUUAACAAAUUACAAACACUUGUUGCAGCCACCAAAAAAGAAAGGUUCCUUCACUCCAAACAUACACCUCAUUUUCUGAUGCAAAUCUGCUGCUUCCCACAUGUCUUUGUGCCCAUUUCUGUGUGCACUGCUGUCAUGUCACAGGGUGCUCCAGGCUUUUGCCUUGAAUUUUGCGUUGAAGUUCAUGCCUUUCUUCCACCACCAGCUGUGCCCAAUGAUUGGCCAUAUGAAAUAAUUUCAAAAGAAGAUGAAGUGUAUCCUGUGGCUGUGUUUACUCCUUGCUGUUCUUUGUGCUGUAUCCCAUUGCCACCAUGAAGAUAUUUGCCAUAAAGUCAACAAUACUAAUCUGCAAGACGGAACAGAAAAUUUAUUAACACAUAACUGUGACAAGCAAGGCUCAAACUAUGCAGAUUUUGUAUUUAGAUUUUACAAGCAGGCUAUAUCAAAAGAAGCUGAUGAAAAUGUUUUCUUUUCUCCCAUGAGCAUCUCCACUGCAUUUGCCAUGCUGGCUGUUGGUGCUAAGUCAACCACCCUGUCUCAGAUUUUUGGAGGACUGGGCUUUGACGAUCUGACUGAGGCUCGCAUACAUGAAAUACAUGACAGUUUUCACAAAGUUUUAUCCGUACUGAACUGUGCUGAUGCUAAUAUCACAUUAAAUAUAGGGAAUGCCAUUUUUACAGCUACUGGGUAUGAACCACAGGAGUCAUUUUUGCAAAAUACCAAACAAUUUUAUGAUGCAGAUUUUUUUUAUAGCGAUUUCCAUAAACCAGAAGAGACUAAGAAGCAAAUCAAUAAAUAUGUAGAGGAGAAAACCAAGGGGAAAAUCCCUGAAUUAGUUGAUCAUCUUGAACCAAGUACUGUACUAGUUCUAGUUAACUACAUUUAUUUUAAAGCUGCCUGGGAAAAGUCUUUCGAUCCUUUGCGUACAUAUGAGGAUGAUUUUUUUGUGAACACAAAUGCAUCUGUUAGAGUCAACAUGAUGCAGCAUGACAGUAUCUCUAACACUUACUACGACCAGGAUCUCUCCUGCGAGGUGAUAGAGCUGCCUUACCAGGGCACUGCACGAGCAUUGCUCAUUCUGCCUGAUGAUGGAAAGAUGAAGCAAGUGGAAGAUGCUCUCUCCAAGGAAACUCUUUGUAAAUGGAAUAACGAACUUACGCCCAGGAGAUUAAAUCUGCAGUUACCAAAGUUUUCUAUUAGUGGGUCUUACGAUGUUAAAAACCUGUUUGAGAAAAUGGGCAUUACUGAAGUGUUCUCAGGUAAUGCUGAUCUGUCUGGAAUUAGUGGCAAACAUAAUCUCCAGGUUUCACAAGCACUUCACAAGGCCCUGUUGGAAGUUGAUGAGGCUGGAUCUGAGGCUGCAGGAGCCACUGCUGUAAUCUCUACCAGAGUUCUGUAUCCUUCUGUUACCAUCAAAUUCAACAAGCCCUUCAUUAUUUUGAUUUCUGACAAGCUAACUGGCACUACACUUUUCAUGGGGAAAAUUGUUGAUCCUACUAAAAAGUAGUUGCUGAGUUAUUUGGCAUAUUGAUGUUGGGCACGAGUUGUAAUGGGUACAGUGUUCGCAUUCAUGGGCUAGUUAGUGCUACUAACUACUCUCUGACUGAGGGAUAUUCAGAAGUAAAUGAGGAAUUCUUCGUCAAAUUAAUAAGCAAAAAAUUAUAAAAAAAAUCUCGUCAAGUAAUGAUUUUUAAAUGUAACAUUUUCCCCAGUUGAGUAAUUGUAUUGGGUUUGCAUGGCAAGGUUUUGGUAGCGGGUGGGGCUACAGGAGUGGCUCCUCUGAGAAGCUGGUAGAAGCUUCCCUCACGUCCCACAUGAGGGCUGGCUCCAGGACGCCAGCUGGCUCCAGGAUGGAGCUGGCACUGGCCAACGCCGAGCCCAUCAGAGAUGAUAGUAAUGCUUCUGUGAUAACAUAUUUAAGAAGGGA